AUGACGAAUUCUACAUUCUUCGGACUUCAUAUCGACGUUUCUGGGGAGGUACUUGGUGGCAUAAUCGUCGUGCUGACCAUUAUCGGAGGUCUCGCCUCGGGCCUUUUGCUUUGCUUGUUUUCACUCGAUAAGAAACGCCUAAAUGCCCUUAUUCAAGUUGGCAAUACCAAAGAUGCACGUAGGGCCCGUCGAGUGAUGAUGCUAUUACACAAAUCUAACUGGCUAUUGGUUACUCUUUUACUUGUUGAGGAUUUGGUGGUGGAAAUGAUGCCCUUGGUGUUUGACACGUUUUUAAAUUCAGUGGCAGCGAUAUUUGUCUCAGUUGGAAUCAUCUUGGUGUUUGCUGAGAUCAUACCACAGGCACUUUUUGUUCGCUUUGCAUUACAAAUUAGUGCUGCACUGACAUAUGGAGUACUGUUCGUUAUGUGUCUAACUUCACCUCUCACCUGGUCCAUCGGAAAGUUGCUUGAUUUUUUUGUUGGGGAUAAGGAAUCUUUUUUUUUGGGACGUUGUGAAUUACUUGAGCUCAUCCGCUUACAAGAAGAAAUGAGAAGUGAAAAACGAGUCAGAAACAUGUCUUCUUUGGCAGUAGAAGAUGCUUCGGCUUUGGAGGAUCAGGAUCAGGACUUUUCGCCGGUAGAGUCAAGUAUUAUGUUGGGUGCGUUGAGUAUGUCGGAAAAUACAGCUGGAGAUGUCUUGAAACGUGGUAUUGCUUCUGUUUAUAGUUUGCAGUGUGGCG